AUGGCUGUGAAGCAGCGCCAUGGCCUCCUGCUCGCUGCACUGGCUGCUCUCAUGCUCUCAGGUGCUCUCCUGCUCAGGUGCUCUCCUGCUCAGGUGCUCUCCUGCUCAGGUGCUCUCCUGCUCAGGUGCUCUCCUGCUCAGCCUUGCCUCCCUUCCCUCCGCAUCCCAUUUGCCGCAUUCCCUCCCUCGUUCAGCGAGGCGUUGCCAUUCUCCUCCCGUUAUUUCCCCCGCCCGCUCACAGCCUGUACUCCCAGGGCUGCUGCCGCCCGCCCGCCAGCUACCAGUGCCGCCCCAGACCAUGUCUCUGUUCUUCUGUUCCUCUUUGUUCCUUCUGGAAAUGACCCGCCAGACUCGUGUGUGCAGCGCAACUGCGGCGCCAAUGCAGUGUGCGUGAAGGAGAGGGGCAACGCCACCUGCAUCUGCAACCUUGGGUUCGCCAUGACCCCUAAAGGCUACACAUGUGUGCUCAAGAAGUGUGGAGGCAACGGCACGUGCAUCAAGGACAGCACUGGAGUGGCCUCCUGUGUUUGUGACGUGGGCUUUGUUCUUAAAACCGACAAUAGGACAUGCACUGACACAUGUGUGCUCAAGAGGUGUGGUGGUAACGGCACGUGCACUAAGGACAACGCUGGAGUGGCUUCCUGUAUUUGUGACGUGGGCUUUGUUCUUAAAACCGACAACAGGACAUGCACCGACACAUGUGUGCUCAAGAGGUGUGGUGGCAACGGCACGUGCACCAAGGACAGCGCUGGAGUGGCCUCCUGCGUUUGUGACGUGGGCUUUGUUCUUCGAACCGACGGCAGGACAUGCACUGACACAUGUGUUCUCAAGGCGUGUGGUGGCAACGGCACAUGCACCAAGGACAGUGCUGGAGUGGACUCCUGUGUUUGUGACGCUGGAUUUGUUCUUCAAACUGACGGCAGGACAUGCACUGACACAUGUGUGCUCAAGCGGUGUGGUGGCAACGCCACGUGCGUCAAGAGCGUUGCAGGGGUGGCGUCCUGUGUGUGUGACUCUGGCUUCGAGAUACAGCCUGAUGGCACCACAUGCACUGGUAUGUGCGAUGCCAUGUGCGAUGUGAUGUGCCAUGCCAUGUGCGAUGCCAUGUGCGAUGCCAUGUGUGAUGCCAUGUGCGAUGCCAUGUGCUGUGCCAUGUGCCGUGCCAUGUGCGAUGCCAUGUGCCGUGCCAUGUGCGUUGCCAUGUGCGUUGCCAUGUGCGAUGCCAUGUGCCGUGCCAUGUGCGUUGCCAUGUGCAUUGCCAUGUGCGUUGCCAUGUGCGAUGCCACGUCCUAUACCAUGUGCGACAACGUGAAAUCUCAAUCUCCCUUCCUCGCCUCUCCAGAAACAUGUGCACUCAAGGCCUGUGGAGGCAACGGCACGUGCACAAAAGACAGCGCUGGAGUGGCCUCCUGUGUUUGUGAUGCUGGCUUUGUUCUUCAAACCGACGGCAAAACAUGCACUGCACCUACCACGUGUGGGGUCUGCCCUGCAGGGGCCAGCUGCAUUCCAGUUGCGUACAGCACGGCCGCCUACUGCCUCUGCCCUCCCGGUUCUGGCAUGACCGCCGUUGGUUGCGUCCUAGACGCCACCCCCACCGUCUCCACGACAAGCUUCACCUUCUACACGCUCCCAAACUACGGCGUAACGCCAGCCACCUACACGAUGCGCCUCACCUACAACGGCUGCACCAACCUCACAGCCUCCAGUGCAUCGGACGUCCAGUCGUAUGGCAGCGUGCAGAACGCCCCUGGAGGCAGUUCCCUUGAUGUUGCCUCCUCUCUCACAGAGAAAUGCGCUCUCAACAGCUGCGGGGCAAACGGCAAGUGCGUUCAGGACAGUGCAGGAGUGGCCUUCUGUGUUUGUGACGCCGGCUAUGUUCUGCAGACCGACGGCAGGACGUGCGCUGUGGGCUGUGGGACCAAGAUCUGCGAUCCCACGACUGACUGCGUGAUGGACGCUGCAGGCGGUGCGUCCUGCGUGUGCAAGGCCGGCUACAAGAUGAACUCCGGCAUUUGCGUCGGCCCCGCCACAUGUGGGAACUGCCCUACUGGAGCCACGUGCGCUCUUGCUUUCGGCCAGAUGCCAUACUGCAUCUGCCCUCCCGGCUAUGGCAUGACCAGCACUGGUUGCAUCAGCGGCGCCGCCCCCACGGUCUCUGAUACAAGCAUGACCUUCUACGACCAGAGCAACUACACCAUCACUCCCACCACCUACACCAUGCGCCUCGAAUACAACGGCUGCACCACCAUUCCCUCCUCAGUUUCCUCAAAAAUCCGGUCGACUUGGAGCGUACAGAAGGUGUCCGGAGGGGUGGGGAACUGCAUUUCUGUGAAUUAUUACACCCAGGAGGGGUGCGUUGGAACGUACACUUCGUUCCCUUCCUCUGGUGGAUCUGGAAUGAGUGGCUCCGGUUACACAAACUACCCUAGAUACCCGUACCGCUCUUUCACUUGCGCUCAUUAA